UUUACAGCUGUUGUGGUUUCUAGCAAGGAGAUAAUGGUUGUCAGGUAGCAGAUAGAUAUCACCAAAACCUCUGAUUCAGAGGAGAAAUUCCAGCUGCAGAAUGAGUCUCCUGUCCAUAAGAGAGGGUAAUCAUAUUUACAUAAUCCUCACUGUGUGACUUCAGUUAUUUAUAAUGUGUCCACUUAUUUCAGAGAAAUCCCAAAGAUAGUUUUACAGAAUCUCGACAGUUUUGGACAUAACCAAAAUGUGAUAGUGGAAUCAAUGCCCCUUUGAAUCGGAAUGUAAUUUUUUAAUAGAGAAUUUAUAAAUCCAGAACGUUUCUUUAUUUUUUACCAGACAUAUUUUAGCUUCAGGUUUUAAAAAUUGUCAUCCACUAGGGGGCGACAUAGAAACGUGAGCUGCUUCAGAUUUGAUCCGUCUCGGUUACCAUACAGGCCUGCGCUCUGUGUUGGCGCAUUUUAAAAGAAACUCGACGGCUGUUUUCUUUCUCAUCGUUUAUGCAUCAGCCUGGCACCGCAAGUCUCUCUGGCUUGUGCCGGGUCACCGAGCACCUUUUCCUGAGUAGUAGCAGAGCAGCUAAGGACUGCUCCCAGGUGACUGGAAAUGGGAUAACCUGCAUCAUAAACGCCACAGAAACCAAGAACGAUGCUGCUCCUCCUCCCGGAGUGGAGUACAUCCACAUCCCGGUGCCUGACUCCCCGCAGUCCCCGCUCAGGGACCACUUUGACCAGGUGGCGGAUAAGAUACAGAGCACAGCAGAGGGCCACGGCUGCACACUGGUGCACUGCAACGCCGGGGUGAGCCGCUCCGCCGCCCUCUGCUUGGCCUAUCUCAUGAAGCACCGCGGGGCCAGCCUGCUGGAGGCCCACCGGCUGCUGAAGAGCUGUCGGCCUAUCGUCAGGCCGAACCCCGGGUUCUGGAGGCAGCUCAUCCAGUAUGAGGCGGAGCUGCGUGGGAGCAGUUCAGUCAGGAUGGUGCCUUCUUCUUUAGGAGAGAUACCUGACAUUUACGAAGAGGAGACCCGGAACAUGGUCCUUCUGUGAAGAGACACUCACUGGGGGGAUAAACUGUGGCGCUGAUGAGCAGUGACGUAAACAUGAGUCACCUUUGGGUUAAAAAGACAGACCUACUGGCACUGAGAGAGUUUUAGAAACUGUUUAAUACAAUCUAAAUAAAUACUUGUUUGUGUGUGUCCUAUAUUUUAA